AAAAGGAUAAACUCCGAUAAGAUUCAUCAACAAUCUUAUUUCUGUCAAACUCUCUUUACAUCAUACAUCAUUUUAUAUAAAUCAUUAUAUUUAAAAAAAAAUGGAUUUAAAUCUUCUCGAAGGGCAGGCGGUAAUACAAGCAGCAACAACAGCCGCACCACUAUUGGGGUUUAUCAUAUUAAUUUACAGCGGAAUUAUAAAUUUUCGGCCAGAUAUAACCGAUAUUGAAACCAGAAUUCAAGACGUUCCUUCAAUUUACACUUUAAACGAAACGUACGAUUUUAUUAUAAUCGGUGGUGGAAGUGCCGGCUCAGUUCUUGCAAAUCGCCUAAGUGAAUAUCCAUUUUGGACAGUUUUAUUAAUCGAAGCCGGUCCAGAUGAAUUACCAUUAUCCGAUGUUCCCAUACUAUUUACUUCUUUACAAAAAGGACCUUUGGAUUGGAAAUUUCAAACUCAACCCGGCGGUAAAUAUUUUUGUGGGGCUAUGCAUGGACAUCAAUGUAACUGGCCCCGAGGAAAAGUUCUUGGUGGGUGUAGUGUUUUAAAUGCAAUGUUGUAUGUUAGAGGAAAUAGGGAUGAUUAUGACAAUUGGGAGCGUUUAGGAAAUGAAGGGUGGUCUUAUGAUGAUGUUCUUCCUUAUUUUAAAAAAUCUGAAGAUGUUCGUAUAGAUACUGAAUUUAUUGAUGAAAAAUAUCAUGGAAAGGGAGGUUAUCAAACAGUUGAACAUUUUCGGUAUCGAUCUACACUUUCUGAUCGAUUCUUACAAGCAGCUAAUGAAGUGGGUCAUGAAAUUAGGGAUAUAAAUGGAGAGCAACAAACUGGAUUUAUGAUAUCUCAAGGCACUUUAAGAAAUGGAUUACGCUGUAGCACAGCAAAAUCUUUUUUAAGACCCGUAAAGAAUAGAAAAAAUCUCCAUGUCACCUUAAACUCAAUGGUUGAAAAAAUAUUAAUAGAUGAAUCAACAAAACAAGCUUAUGGUGUAUUAUUAAAUAAAUUUGGAAUAACACGAGAAAUAUUCGUCUCAAGAGAAGUCAUUUUAUCAGCAGGAUCUGUGCAAUCUCCUCAAUUAUUAAUGUUAUCAGGAAUAGGACCACCUCAACAUCUUCAAUCCGUUGGAAUUAAACCGAUUGUGUCUAGUUUGGGAGUUGGAAAAAAUUUGCAAGAUCACGUCGCGAUAGGUGGCCUAACAUUUAUUAUCAACAAAAAUAUUUCUUAUCCCACAAUUCUUGAAGUAUUAAAUACAGAAUCAGUUGAUAGUUUUAUUCGUGAUCACCGUGGUCCUGCUUAUUGGAUGGCACCCUGCGAAGCAAUGGGAUUUUUACACACAAAAUUUUCAGAUCCAACUGUAGAUAAACCGGAUAUACAAUUAUUUUUUGGUGCUUUCGGUGAUAAUUCAGAUGGAGGCUUAUUUAUAAAACGAAUGGAAGGAUACAGAGACGAUGUUUAUAAAGCUAUGUUUGAACCGAUUUUUGAUAAAAAAACUUUUACUAUCAUCCCAUUGUUGAUGCGCCCACAAAGUACCGGAGAAAUUUUACUAUACAACAAAAACCCAAAUUCUCACCCAUUAAUUUAUCCGAAUUAUUUCGCUUCCGAACGUGAUUUAGAAAUACUCGUCGAAGGUGCAAAAGAAGCAUUAAAAAUUGUUUUAAACACAAAUAUUAUGCAAGAAUUAAACGUUGAACUCAAUCCAAAUCCUAUCCCUGGAUGCCCGACGGAUGAUACCCGUUCCGAUUUAUAUUUACGAUGUUUAGCACGAAAAUAUACAAUGACUAUUUAUCAUCCAAGUGGAACCGUAAAAAUGGGACCGGAUAACGAUGAAAUGGCUGUCCUUACACCGAGAUUAAGUGUAAGAGGUGUGAACAAUUUAAGAGUUGUGGAUGCAUCAAUUAUGCCUAAAGUGGUGACCGGAAAUACGAAUGCACCUACAAUAAUGAUUGCUGAAAAAGCGAGUGAUAUGAUAAAAGAAGAUUGGGGUUUUGGUGGUGAUUUUAAAUUUGAUGAUGAGAAGAAUUUUGAUGAUUUCGUGGGGAUGGCUCGAUUAGAAAAAAUUGUUAAAAAAAUUAAAAGUAAUUUAGAUUAUUGGUAA